AUGGUGGCAAGUGCGUCAGAGAAACAAGCCGAGCAAGUUAUCGUGAAAGUUAUGGUAGACAAAGAGAAAAGCAAAGUCCUGUUCGCAGAGGCAGGGAAGUCUUUUGUUGAUGUUCUUUUCAGCUUCUUAGCAUUACCUUUAGGUACUAUUGCAAGAAUGGUCUCUGAAAAAACAAAUAUUGAAGCAGUGAGAUUUGGCUGCUUGAGUUCACUGUAUGAGAGUGUGUCAGAUCUUGAUGAACAAUAUCUAGCCUCACAUGCCUGCAAAGAAAGGUUACUCAAGCCAGAUAACUCAAUGAAACCUUAUUGGCAGCAGAUCAAAUAUUUACUAGUUGAAUUAACAUAA